AUGAGCAAUGCUGCUGGUUGUCUCCAGCCGGGGCGGAAGAGUUGCUACUAUUAUUGCGACGAGCAGGGGAUAGGAAUGACGCAGUUGGCCGAAGUGGAACACCCAGCGGUGUCUCCAGUAUAUAAUGCUUCCUCUCGUGCAAAGCAACGGAGGAUCCUCCAGGCCAAUCCCUCACCAAAUGAUGCUAACUAUUUAUCCUGUUUACCCCCAAAAUCUAGGCCAAGGACUCUCUCGCUCGCCUUUCUUUUUCUCCGUCAACUUGGCCUCUGUGCACGGGAUACUAACGAGGCCAGGUCCCGCCUGGACGCAUUCGAUUUUCCUUCGAUCAUGAAGUGGCAAUCCAUGGCUGGACACACUCUUGGGUUCCACAGACCACCAGCCGCGGGAUGCUUCGAAUAUCAAGCCCCCAGAGCCAAGAGUUCAGCGCCUCCUCGUUUCCCCGCAUGGACUAUGAGUGCUUGA